GCCGGCCCGCGCCCCAUGCCCGCGCUCUCGCUCUCCGGGCCCCGGGCGUCCCGGGCGGCCAGGCUCAGGCGGGCCGCCCUGGUGCUGGCCUUGGCAGCCUAUGGGGCCCGCAAGCUGUACCCGCUGGUGCGCCGGCGCCCGGCCCCCCGGAGGCCCUCGCCCGAGGAGCCCGGAGAGGAGGCGUCGGCGAAGGCGGGAAAGGGCGUGAACCGCGUGUUCCUGCGGCGGCUGCUGCGGCUGCUGCGGCUGCUCUUCCCCAGGAUCCUCUGCCGGGAGACGGGGCUGCUGGCCCUGCACUCCGCGGCCCUCGUCAGCCGGACGUUCCUCUCGGUGUACGUGGCCCAGCUGGACGGCCGGCUCGCCCGCUGCAUCGUCCGGAAGAACCCCCGGGCCUUCGGCUGGCAGCUGCUGCAGUGGCUGCUCAUCGCCCUGCCCGCCACCUUCGUCAACAGCGCCAUCCGCUACCUGGAGGGCCGGCUGGCCCUGGCCUUCCGCAGCCGGCUGGUGGCCCACGCCUACCGACUCUAUUUCGCCCGGCAGACCUACUACCGGGUCAGUAACAUGGACGGGAGGCUGCGCAAUCCGGACCAGUCGCUGACGGAAGACGUGGUGGCCUUCGCCGCCUCCGUCGCCCACCUCUACUCCAACCUGACCAAGCCGCUCCUGGACGUGGCGGUGACCUCCUACACCCUGCUGGGCACGGCCCGGGCCCGGGGGGCGGGCACGGCCUGGCCGUCGGCCAUCGCGGGCCUGGUGGUGUUCCUCACGGCCAAGGUGCUGCGGGCCUGCUCGCCCAAGUUUGGGGAGCUGGUGGCCGAAGAGGCGCGGAGGAAGGGCGAGCUGCGCUACAUGCACUCGCGGGUGGUGGCCAACUCGGAGGAGAUCGCCUUCUACGGGGGACACCAGGUGGAGCUGUCACUGCUUCAGCACUGCUACCGGGAUCUGGCCUCCCAAAUCAACUUGAUCCUGCUCAAACGCCUCUGGUACGUCAUGCUGGAGCAGUUCCUCAUGAAGUACGUCUGGAGCGCGUCCGGCCUAGUCAUGGUGGCCGUGCCGAUCAUCACCGCCACCGGCUAUUCGGAGACAGACUCAGAGGUGGUGAAGAAAGCGGCUCUGGAGAUGAAGGAAGAGGACCUGGUGAGCGAACGCACAGAGGCUUUCACCACGGCCCGCAACCUCCUCACAGCCGCCGCCGACGCCAUCGAGAGAGUCAUGUCCUCCUACAAAGAGGUGACGGAGCUGGCGGGCUACACGGCCCGGGUGCACGAGAUGUUUCACGUGUUUGAGGCGGUGCAGCGCUGCAACUUUCAGCGGGCCCGGGAGUUGGCGGACGCCCCGGCCUCGGCGGGGACCCAGGCCGUCGUGAAGCCCGGGACUCGAGUGGAGGGGCCCCUGCAGAUCAAAGGUCAGGUGGUGGACGUGGAGCACGGAAUCAUCUGUGAGAACAUUCCCAUCAUCACCCCCACGGGGGAUGUGGUGGUGGCCAGCCUGAACAUCAAGGUGGAAGAAGGGAUGCACCUGCUGAUCACGGGUCCCAACGGCUGCGGCAAGAGCUCGCUCUUCCGGAUCCUGGGGGGGCUGUGGCCGGCCUACGGUGGAGUCCUGUACAAGCCCCCGCCCCAGCGCAUGUUUUACAUCCCCCAGAGACCCUACAUGUCAGUGGGCUCCCUGCGGGAUCAGGUGAUCUACCCUGACACGAAGGAGGAUAUGGCGAGGAAGGGCUACUCUGACCGCAACCUGGAGGCCAUCUUGGACAUCGUCAGUCUCAAUCACAUCGUCCAACGAGAGGGAGGUUGGGAAGCCAUCUGUGACUGGAAGGAUGUCCUGUCAGGUGGGGAGAAGCAGCGGAUUGGAAUGGCCCGCAUGUUUUACCACAGGCCCAAAUAUGCCCUAUUGGAUGAGUGUACGAGUGCGGUAAGCAUCGACGUCGAGGGAAAGAUAUUCCAGGCUGCCAAGGACGCGGGCAUCGCUCUGCUGUCCAUCACUCACCGGCCCUCCCUGUGGAAGUACCACACACACUUGCUGCAGUUUGACGGGGAGGGCGGCUGGAAGUUUGAGAAGCUGGAUUCGGCCACCCGGCUGUCGCUGACGGAGGAGAGGCAGCGGCUGGAGCAGCAGCUGGCCGGCAUUCCCAAAAUGCAGCAGCGGCUCAGUGAACUUCGCCAGAUCCUAGGUGAAGAUGCCUGCCCCAGUUCCCCUCAGGGCUGCAAGGAGUCCCCGGGCCCCUGAGGUCCCCCCUCCCCCUGUCCCCUCCGACUUUGUCACAAACCACACCCAGACGAGGCUCUGGGGAGGGGCUCUGCCCCCAUCCCAGGUUCAUCUCCUCCAACGGUUCUCCCCGGUCCCCACGCUCCCAGAUCCGGUGUCAUGAAGGAAAAGGUAGACAAGAACCCAUCCCGCUGCUCAUCUCCACGGUCCGCAGGUGUCCCCCUCUGCCUACCCACUGUUGUCUGCCUUUCCCUGGCUUCAACUCUGCCCGUGGGCACCAGGGGACCAGCCUCAGCCACUCCCUCCCUCAGCUUCAGAGGCUAGAGAGUGAGGUGGGAGAGGAGCUGGAAGCUCGUGUCCGUCCCGAUGGUGACCUGAGGAGGCCCAGAUGGACGUGGCUUCCGGGACCUGGGCCAAAAUCUGCUUGCAGGGAGGGCUUGGGCCGGUGAGGCCGCCUGGAGUGUGUGCCUGCCUGUGUGGCCCUCCCUCCCACGCCUGCCCUCGCUCUCCCCAGCCUCCCCAUACAGUGGACAGUUGUAGGGGUGAAGAGGGCGGUCGCUGCUGAGUACUGUGAAGUUUAGAAAUGUAGUUGAGGCCUCUUCCGUUCAGGCUUCCCCCCUCUCCCUUUGCACUAAUUGCACCUGCAUGAAGCAUUGUGGGGUGGGGGGAAGGUGGGUACGGCAAGCUCCGUUCUCCCAGACUGACGUCUCUUCCCUCCCCCUCCCUCUCGUUACUCCUGUCGCCCCCUUCAGCCAGAGUCCGUGCUGAGUAUAGGGGUUUUGACCCCUACCCCAUGGAGUCCUGUUGCCCUCUGCGGUAUGGGACCCCAGAGCUCCUCACCCGUCUAAAAUGGGGGUCAUCCAAAGGAGCCCUGGUUGGUCUCCAUUCUAGGACGUGCCCCUUGACCAGACAGACCUCAUUCACUGUCCCCCCAACUGGGUUCCUCCCCCUCUCCUUUCCACCAAACCUCCUGGCAUGAGCUAGCAUGAAGGCCUGCCACUGUUCCAGCCCCAGCCAGGACCACUGCCCUAGCAGGGGGAGGGAGGGACUAACUGCCCGAGCAAUCACCGCCACUCCUCAGCUCCAGCUCCGGAGAGCCGCCUCCUCUCCUCUCACCUCCACCCACCCUUCGCGGGAAGAAUUGCACAAUAUUUUUUACUAAUUUGAUACGGAGAAUGUAGCCCCCUCUUUCUCUUGAUAAGAAAUAAUUUAUUUAAUCCAGUUUUAUAUUUGUAGUGAUUGCCACUCUGAGUGCCCAGGCUGGGCGAGUGGAGAUGAAGCAUCCCCCAGCACCCUGGCAUGGAUGGGGGUGGAGGGGCACCUUGAGAGCCUCGCCAGGCUUCUGAGGGUAAAGGGAGAAAAGAUUGUACAGUCGGGCCAAGGCUGACAAGCCAGGUCUGGGCUUCCCCCGAGUCCACAAGCAUCCCUGAACCAAUCACUGUGCCCCUUUGGACUGUCCCACCUUCUCCCUCAGCCUCCACUGCACCCUCCUCCCUCGCAAGUGAGCACUUUGACUGUCCCUGGGACCCCAGGUGACGUGGGGUCAGGGGAAGGAGCGAUGAGACGAAAGGGACUGUCAGCCAUCACCCUCCUUUCUUUCCCCACCCCCUGUAUGGUAUCAGUGACGUUAUCUAUGCAAACCCCAAACCAUCACUUACUAACAAUUUUUGUAUGAGUGCACUUCUGCUCCCCACAGCCAACUGUGCCUUAGUCCCCGGGCCGCUGACCCCGUGCCCGGCCCCCGUUCAGUAAAGAGGUCCUACUGGAAAAUCCGC